AUGGCUGAGAGUAGCAGUUUUGCUCAACCUAGCAUUCGUAAAUUUGAUGGUGACUACGAUCACUGGAGUCUCAUCAUGGAGAAUCUUCUGAGGUCGAAAGAAUAUUGGAGCGUGAUAGAGGAUGGUUUCACAGAGUCUCCAUCUGAUAUGGUCUUGUCUGCGGCUCAAAAGAAAACUUAUGAUGAAGCAAGGCUGAAGGAUCUUAAAGCUAAGAACUACCUGUUUAGUUCGAUCGAUAAGACCAUUUUGAAGACCAUCACUCAAAAGGAGACAUCCAAACAGCUGUGGGACUCUAUGAGGAUCAAAUACCAAGGAAAUGUAAGGGUGCAGCGAGCACAAUUGCAGACGUUGCGUAGAAGCUUCGAGCUCCUGGAUAUGAAGAGUAGAGAAUCGGCCACAGACUAUUUUGGCCGAGUUAUGGUGGUGGCAAAUGACAUGAGGAACUGUGGAGAAAACAUGCCAAAUGUUAAAAUUGUGGAGAAGAUUUUAAGAACUCUUACAACAAACUUUAACUAUAUUGUAUGCUCAAUUGAAGAGUUCAAAGACAUUGAUAAUCUAUUUGUUGAUGCAUUGCAAAGUUCACUACUUGUGCACAAACAAAAGUUUAAGAAGACCACUAACGAAGGUGGAGAGAAGCAAGUUCUGAAGAUCUCGUAUGAUGAGCGUGGAGGAAGAGGCAGAGGAGGCAUGACUCGAGGAAGGGGGAGAGGUUGA